AUGGGGUCCACAAAGAUGUCCACGCUUCCAGCGCUCAGGAGACAACAUCUCCUCGCCGAGUUUGCAGGGUUGAAGCAAGCUUGCCCAGAUGGUGUCUUCAUGAGCUUGACACCCGGUGACCCUGCACUAUGGUCGGGCGUCAUCUUCGUACGGAAAGGACCAUACGAAACCGCAAUUCUCCGCUUUCAAAUAUCAUUCCCCGACACCUACCCGCGUCUACCCCCAUUGGUGACUUUCUCGACCGACAUCUUCCAUCCGUUGAUCACGCCUCUGACCACCUACAUGUACACCACCGAUAUCCACGACAAUGGCACAGUGAGCGCAACCGACGAGGAGCGACUGCCCCCAGGGGGCUUCAGUCUUCGGCACGGGUUUCCCAACUGGUUUGGGAGGGGCGGUGGACAUAAAAGACCUGGCCAGGGUGGCAACAGGGUCGCGAGUGGCAGCAGUCAAUUGCAAACACCGCCGCGACCGUCAGGGGCCGGAGCCAGCCACGGUGGUACGCCAGCUUCGAACCUGUCAUCUGGGGGUGGCCCGCAGCGACACCUACAGACAGAGAUCGAGAGCGAGGAGAUAUCAACGUUUGAAGUUCUUCGGUACAUCGCCAGCACUUUCGACGACGCCGCUGUUCUCGACUCAGUGCCUCUCGAAGCCGCCGGCAAUCCAGGAGCUUGGCAUGCUUGGAAGACACGCCAGAGCCAAACGGCCAGCUCCAAUGACAGCGCAACCUCUCCGUCUGGUCCAGGAGGGUCAAGUACACCCAAGACCACGCAAGGAGUGCCUCUGUCCCAGGAACUGGGCGGUGAUGACGCCCCAGAGGCAGGAUCGGGUGCUUUUGCUCGUAGACCAGGAGAGUGGAAUUGGGAGGGAGUCUGGGAGGAAAGGGUCAGGAGAGGUAUAGCAGCAAGCCUGUCCGAGCCGGUUCUCUUUGGAAACGCUGGUGGUGCCGCUGAUGAUGUGAUUCGGUUUAUCAAUAUGGAGAAAGACGAUGUGGAAACCGCUAGAAAGAAUCUGCUCAAGACACUCGGUCCUUCUCUCCUCACCGAAAAGAGCUUCUUGCUUUACCGCGGAUUCCUGGCGCGGACUCGACAGCGCGUCCGACCUGGGCAGCAUCGGAGCGGCAGCAUCAACAACGGUCCUUGGCGCGGCAACAGAAGCGACUAA